AUGCCUCGGCGAACAGUGACGGCCAAGGUCAAACAGAUCUUCUUGGGUCUCAAGAUUGCUAUCACUGGCGACCUCGGUUGGCCCGACGAGAAGAUCAAAGGAUGGGUAACCCUUCGUGGAGGCGAACUAUGCACAAAUAUCGACGAGUCGACAACUCAUCUGGUUUGCUCCGAGAAUGAGUACAAGAACCGAAGCCUUCGAGGGAAGUAUAAGUCCUACAUAGGCACAUCUCAAAUCAAGCAAGGACUCCGGCUUGCCAAGGGCAAAAAAGGAUGCCGCGUCGUCCACAAGGAUUGGCUCGAGUACUGCUGCCAGGAAGGCAAGCUGCUGCGCGAGGGACAGUACCUGCUGCGGAACAACAAGCGCGCCGAGGAGGCCAGUGCAAGAGAGGCAAAGAAGAUGGAGAAGGGGAAGGAGCUCGAAGAGUGCGGGAGGUUUGUCAAUGAGGCAAUGUACCGCAUCUACACCGACGCAAGCGGAUUCCAAUGCAAGGCCUCCAUAUCACGCGACGACGAGGAGCACGAGAUACUAGGGGAGCGGUUCGACCUUACACUCUUCGAGUCUAGGGCGAGGCCUCAUCUGUACUGGUUCGCAGCCAAGCACUACAAGAAGAAGGGGAGCUCGCAGACGAGCUACUACAGGCCAAGCGGCUCCUGCCAGACGUACGAGCACGAGCUCGCCCUUUUCAAGAGCUUCUUCUUGAACAAAACGGGCGUGCACUGGGAGGAUCGGGCGUCUCCGACAUGUGCUGAGGAGGGGCGCUUCAGAUACAUACCUCCGGGUGGUCCCCCUGCUACUUUCCUUCACUGUUCUUCCGUCGGUCGAGGCAUGCAUCACAAUUAG